GUGAUUAUUGUUUUUUUGACGUAUUGCUUGGACUUAUAUUGCCGCGAUAUUUCAGCUUCGAAAGGUCGACAGCGAGGAGCAACGAGUUCUUCAACAAUUUCCUUAAGGUGUGUUUUCAGACUGUCCGCCCCGGUGUCCUGCUCUCCGGAGGCCUCGGCCUGGUUCAGCUAAUCCCAGAGAAGAACCGCAUAGCUCGCAGUUUAUCCGCAUCCAGCUCACACAAGUUAUACGGGGUACAUCAGCAAGCUUUUGUGGCACGAAAUAGAACACACAGCUUCUUGCUGUCACCAGGGUCCUGUGUCUCUACCCUCUUGCACACGUUAACGAUGGUUCUGCUGAAAGACCUCCAUCCUCCCACCGAGGGAGUGCGGCACGAGCAAGCCGAGACCACGGCGGUGAUGGACGGCCAGAAGCUGGGCUGCGGCACGCUGUACGUCGCAGAAACGCAGCUGUCAUGGUUCGAUGGCUCGGGGCUGGGAUUCUUUCUGGAUUAUCCCAACAUCGGCCUGCAUGCCAUCUCCAGAGACGUCAGCGCUUACCCACAGGAGCACCUGUACGUCAUGGUCAACGGCAAGAUCAAAGGGGAGAAUGUGGUAGAAAUGGCAGAGAAAGCCGGGGAUGACGACGAAGAAGACAACAGCAGUGACAGUGGUGAUGAAGACGAAGAAGGAGUGAUCACAGAGAUCCGAUUUGUGCCCAGCGACAAGGUGGCAUUGGAGUCCAUGUUUUCAGCCAUGUGUGAGUGCCAGGCGCUGCACCCCGACCCCGAGGACAACGACUCCGACAACGACUUCGAAGGAGAGGAGUACGAUGUGGAGGAAGCCGAGCACGGCCACGGUGACGUCCCCACCUUCUACACCUGUGACGAGGGUCUCUCCGCGCUGACGACGGAGGGCCAGGCCACGCUGGAGCGGCUGGAGGGGAUGCUGGCCCAGUCUGUGGCCCAGCAGUACCACAUGGCCGGGGUCCGCACCGAACCACCCAACGCAGAAUUUGAAGACGGUAUGGAGGUGGAGGCAGCGGCGAUGGAGGCGGGGCAGUUUGAGGACGCAGACGUGGAGCACUGAUCUCAUCUCAGCGGACAUUCAAAGCUCCAGUGUUGCAUCAUGGGAUUGGAGAGGCGGACAGCAGCACUUCUUUAAGGCUCUCAGCACUUACUCACUCUCUUGUUUAACAGAACUUCUCCUUCCUACUCAGUCAUCUCACUAAUCUUUGUAGCAUCCUUUAUUUCCUCCCAUGCGUUUUGAUGCAUUGCUUAGUAGCUCACGCGUCAUGUGUUGUGCUUCUUCACAUUUUCUAAUUUGUUCAAGUCGUAUGAGUUUAUCUUUGUUAUACGACCAAGGCAUCUACUGAGAUGCAGACCCAAACGCCCAAAUCAUGCUGUAAAAAAAGCUGAAAAAAACCCAACGUUCUGUUUUGUAUAACAAUUUAAUUUCAGAUUUUCCUACGGAGGAAAUUAUUGUCUUUAUACAAAAUUGUCAAUAAAUGCAUAGUUUUUGUAUGA